GAGGUAGACCGCCACCGAUCGCCACUGAUGAUUCACAGUCCGUGUCCACCACUCGUGUUCCGUAUCGAAUUGUAACACAUCUCUAUACAGGUAUAUACCUAUAAUAUACUCGCGCUUUAACAAUAAUAUAAUAUCAUCGGUCUCGUUAUUCCGCGUACGGAUGCUGUGUUUAUACGUACCUGCACGCGUGCACGCCAACUACUCGGAUAAUAUAAUAAUAAUAAUAAUCUUUUAAAUAUAACUACAGCGACUAAACCGAGAUAACGCGCCGUUAAUAGCAACAACAACGUGUUAUCGUACGUCGUUAAGAGAAGUAAAAGAAACCGUUUCGAUCGGUUCGGGUGAUCAGUUUGACGUAAUCUCGCCCGCGAUGCGCUGCUACAAACGUCGCGCCACCAUCCGAGUGCUGCUGCCGCGCCGAUCGUAGAACGUUCCGAGUCUCGUCGUUUUUUUGUUUUUGAAUUUUUUCGAUUUUUUCUAUUUUUUUUUUUUUUUUUUUUACGUUUUCUUUUUGUUUUUUGAUCGUUUCGUCGUCGUUAAUUUUCGAUUUAUUAUUAUUCCGUUCAAUUCUCCGGAUGCGCUGUGAAAUGCGUCAAGUCGAUUUCCAGACAGCGAUGCAAGUGAAAGGUAAAAUCGCACUUCCGAUUUUGCAGUAGCCGCCUCUGUGUCGUUUCCACAUUGUAAUUUUGCGUUCGAGCACGAGGGAAUUGACUGCCGUUCCUGUCACCAUGCAUAUCAGACACCAUAAAAGAUCGACGAAAACGGAAAAUGGUCGUCGAUUUGGGUCUUGUGUUGAGAAGAGACCGUGCGGAUUUGAAGCGGCUUGUCGGCAAUUGGACAACAACUUUUAUUUGUGUAUAUGUCCACAAGACUUGAGUGAGCCCACCGAUGACUUGAAAUGUCUCACCAGAAAGACGGUGCCGGUGGCCCCGAAAUCGUUUGUGAACUUGAGCAUCAACAAAAACGAACAUAAACCAUUAGAAACAGUGGUUCAUCCGUUCACGACCACCAGUCAACCAAUUAAGACCACAUUAAACCAAACUACAUCAUUUCCUCCCGCCAAACAGAUGGACGUCAACAUAUUGGGCUAUGUUUUGCGCAUAAACGUGCUCAUGCUAUUGGCGGUGGGAAUAGCAGCGUUCGUGUCGAUAGCGUUGAUACUGAUUAUUUGGUGGAGUCGUACGUCGAAAGGCUGUUGCAAGUCAAAGACAGCUAUCGUCAAUUCACCUGUGGUGUCUCUGAUAAGAGGUGUGAUCCAGGAAGAAAGUUACGCGAUGAAUCCGCAUUACGCUGCACCGUCGCCCGUUGCUAAAGACACUAUUCUGAUACCGUAUCUGAGUAAAAGUUGUAUUUCGUCAAUGGAGGAGAUCGGGCAAGGAUUCUUCGGGAAAGUUUAUAAAGGUGUCCUCCAACAAACUGACGGCAAGUAUGAAACGGUUGCCAUAAAAGUGUUGAAGGAUCACACCAACUUAGAGGCUAAAGAAGACUUUAUGAGGGAAGUAGAGAUAAUGACGUAUUUCAGGCAUCCAAAUAUCUUAACUUUGAUUGGAGUUUGCCCACAAGAAGAUAAAUGUUCACCGUGGAUGAUAUUCGAGUUCAUGGCUUAUGGAGAUUUAACCGAAGUACUGAGAAACAGCAGUGAUCAAUUUACAAAUUAUUCAGAACAUUUGCCAAUUUUGGACAAAGAAGCGCUAUUGGUGAUAUCCUUACAAAUAGCAGCGGGCAUGAAGUAUUUAGCGAGUCAACGGUUUGUUCAUAGAGACUUGGCGUGUAGGAAUUGUUUAGUCGGCAUGGGUUUGACUGUGAAAAUCGCCGAUUUUGGAAUGAGUCGGGACAUUUACACCUGUGAUUAUUACAAAGUCGGAGGAUCCCGAUUGCUUCCCGUGAGGUGGAUGUCACCGGAGAGCGUCGUUUAUGGAAAAUUCACGUUGGAAUCAGAUGUGUGGUCAUUCGGUGUCGUGUUGUGGGAAAUUUAUUCGCUGGGAAAACAACCAUACUAUGGUUAUUCGAAUGAUGAGGUUUUAAAGUUAAUUCACGAUGGAGUGUUAUUGGACAUACCACUUAACUGCCCUCCGGUUAUAUGCGUGUUAAUGAACGGAUGUUGGAAAAGUGAUCCUAAAGAACGUUUGAGAUUCAUUGACAUACAUGAUCGUUUGAAAAAUGUCACUAAACGACCAGAACUGGACAGUCCGUUACCCAGGCCACCCACCUUGCCAGUGAUUGUUGAUCAUUUGAGUUUGAGAAAAAUGCCUUCAGAAGAACUUUUGGAUGUCGAUGAUUAUCUGCAGCCCGACGAGCAAAAUGUCGCUGUAGAGUACAUAAUGCCAUAUCCUGCAUAAUAAACUUUUUUAUUGUUCCUUUUGCUAUAAUAUUAUUAUAACGUAAGUCGCUAGCACUCAGUAAAUAUAAGAAUUCGGUUAACUAAGUAAGUUUUAA